CAACGUGUGAGAUGCACUGGUGAACACCACCAUCAUCGUGCGCCCAGCGCUAGGACCAGCUGCUGUUCGGACUGCAUUAGCCGGGCACGGCUCCCGGCCCCCGCUAGUCGCCCUCUCCUCUACAUAGUGCAGUGUGCCACUGGGGCAUUGUUUUAGCAGAAUUAGUUAUUUAAUAUGGGUUAAAUUAAAAUGGUGACAGUCAGACCUCUAUGUGUGAUGUGAAUACAAUACUUGUUACAAAAAAUAUUUAAUAAAAAACUGUGAAUUUAUAAGAAUUACGUAACAGUUUCCUGUGACCCAACUUCUUCUAUUUUCUAUUUUCACAAGACGCCGAUAAAUUAGUGUUUAAAUUGUCUGACAUAUCUGUACCCUUAUUUUACUACUUCUAAGCCAACUUUCAAGACUGAACAAGAACUUACUUAUAGAAAUCUUUUUGAAAUUAAAUCGAGAAGUGCCAAAGCAUACGGCUUGCUUGACGUGUAACAAGCCGAUAGUGAUUAAUUGGUCGAGCCGCAUGUUUAUUGGAAGCGUUGGCGCAUGUGGAUCGUGGAAUAAAGAAGUAGUGGUGGCGCGGCCGCGUUGGCUCAGGGGACGCGCACGGCAGCAAGGUGGUCGGAGGCGGGGUGUUCCGUUGCUGCGUGCCCUGGUGCGGGGCGCGCGCGGCGGCGCCCCUCGACGAUGCCGACUACGCGCUGCGAGAGGGCAGCCCUAAACAAUCCCACGACGAACUUGUCGUUCCUGAGCCUGUAAUAAACUCUCCGCGUCCACUCGGUCAACAAUCCCCGCUGCCGGGAAUAGAGGAGGAAGACGAUUCCGAUUGGCCCCUCGAGGACGCCACAGACGCUACUGUCACGCCCUCAUAUAAAAGUACAAAGAGUAGUACAGAUACAGCUUACACAUCAUCUAGGAGUUCUGGAAAGAAACGUUGUUUUGGAAGCCCGUCAUCAGUGAAGAUAUGCGUCUCGGCUGCGGCUAGGAAGUCGAAUAAAGCGCGUAAGCGUGGCGCCGCUGCAGUCAGCGCGUCGCCCGGUCAGGCUGGGGCGGGCGAGGACUUUGCGCCCGCGCCGCAGACGCUUCACAAAAUGCAGGCCGAACAAGGCAGCAUUGGUGAGCUACAAAAAUACCACGGCAGAUACCUCAAGAGUCGCCGUCAUACUCUUGCUAAUGUCCGCUUCGAUGUGGAAAAUGGCGGUGGUGCGGGUGGUGGUACUGGGGGCGCUCGGUCGCCCCUCGAGGGCGGUUCACCGUCGACUGCGCUCGUCCUCCAGGCCAUGCCGCAGCGCCGCGAGUCCUUCCUAUACCGCUCAGAUUCCGAUUUCGAAAUGUCACCCAAAUCUAUGUCAAGGAACAGCUCUAUUGCCAGCGAAAGAUUCAAGGAGGCUGAGGCUGCACAACUGGACAGAGCCCACGGCGAAGACUUGAUCGUGACGCCUUUCGCGCAGGUCCUGGCCAGCCUGCGCAGCGUUCGCAACAACUUCUUAUGUCUCACCAAUGUGCCAGUUGCCAAAUCGCGACGAUCCUCGGGCGCGGCGACAGCUGUUACUCCACAACCGAAAAAUUUGAACCCAGGAGACGAAGCCUAUAUGAAGCUGGCCUUAGAGACAGUGGAGGAGCUGGACUGGUGCCUCGAUCAACUGGAGACCAUACAAACACACCGAUCGGUCUCCGAUAUGGCUUCUCUCAAGUUCAAGAGGAUGCUGAACAAGGAACUGAGCCACUUUUCGGAGUCCAGCAAAUCCGGAAACCAGAUCUCCGAAUAUAUCUGCUCUACAUUUUUGGAUAAACAACAAGAACUUGAUUUACCAUCACUUCAAGUGGAAGAGACAUCAGAGCGUACCAAAAAGAAAGAAAAACCCCGCCUCAGCGGUCCAGGGAGCACUAUGUCACAAAUUUCAGGAGUUAAGCGCGCACUAACACAUACAAACAGCUUUACUGGAGAACGUGUGCCGAGAUACGGAGUGGAAACGCCACAUGAAGAAGAACUUGGUAAAUUGCUGAAUGACCUCGACAGAUGGGGCGUCGACAUCUUUCGAAUUGGAGAUCUGUCUUGUGGCCGACCACUUACAGCGGUUGCCUAUUCUGCUUUCACAUCACGGGAGUUGCUCUCUACUCUUCAGAUACCUGCCCGCACUUUUCUGGCAUUUGCGGUCACGCUAGAGGAACAUUACGUCCGCGACAACCCUUUCCACAAUUCACUCCACGCAGCUGACGUCACACAAUCCACAAACGUUUUGCUAAAUACUCCUGCAUUAGAUGCAGUGUUUACGCCACUUGAGGUAUGCGCUGCAUUAUUUGCCGCCUGUGUGCACGAUGUUGACCACCCAGGGCUCACUAACCAAUUUCUGGUCAAUUCAAGCUCCGAACUCGCUUUAAUGUAUAAUGACGAAUCGGUGUUAGAAAAUCAUCACCUGGCUGUUGCGUUCAAAUUGCUUCAGAAUGAAGGUUGCGACAUUUUUGUCAAUCUUCACAAGAAACAAAGACAAACAUUAAGGAAGAUGGUCAUAGACAUGGUGCUCUCUACUGACAUGUCAAAACACAUGAGCCUACUCGCAGAUUUGAAAACUAUGGUAGAGACAAAGAAAGUAGCAGGAAGUGGUGUUCUACUACUGGACAACUACACCGAUAGAAUACAAGUAUUAGAGAAUCUCGUACAUUGUGCCGAUCUAAGUAAUCCCACCAAGCCUUUACCACUUUACAAGAGAUGGGUGGCAUUACUUAUGGAAGAAUUCUUCCAACAAGGAGACCGUGAACGAGAACAAGGAAUGGAUAUAAGUCCCAUGUGUGAUAGGCACAACGCUACGAUAGAAAAAUCUCAAGUUGGUUUUAUCGAUUACAUUGUGCAUCCACUGUGGGAGACUUGGGCAGAUCUCGUGCACCCUGACGCUCAAGAUAUACUGGAUACACUUGAGGAAAACCGCGACUAUUAUCAGAGUAUGAUUCCACCGUCACCGCCACCAGCACCAAUCCAGACAACUCACUCAGCGCCAGACGAUGACCGUCCUGAACAAAUAAGAUUUCAAGUUACGCUGGAGGAAGGUGAAGGAUCAGAAGAGUGCGAGGGUGAGGGUGAUGGUGGGAUGUGACGGAAACUAUUGGGAAUCUGUAAGAAACUCUCUGAAAAGAUGCAAGUUUGGUGGAAGCUCUGGCAGUAGAGCUACUUCGAGGGUCCCUGGGGGACGCACCGCACAGACAAGAUUGCAGGAUACAGGAGCGUGCUCAGGUUGGCCUCGUGUGACGCUGCUCGCCGACAAUCGCGUACAUACGCCGUCAAACUUUUGUUGGAUAAUAAUACUUGUUGACGCUUAUCGUCGAAAUGGAAUGAUCCACGGUGCAUCGUGACAUUUCGAUUAUGUUUUUUUUUGUGAUGAUUAUGCGAUGUUGUUUAGAACUACCUAUUGACUAAAUAAUAAUUAUAUCCCUCCAAUGACUGUGUAAAAUUUGAUUGUCUAGUGUUUGUACCUACAGUUAUUUUUGUUUAAUACAACCAAAGAUUUAAAGUUGUUAUGUUCACGGUACUAUUCAAUGAUCCCUGUAAGUAGUUAGUGUUCAGUUCGUAAAAUUUAAAGUUGUGUAAGUAGUAAUAGUAGUCGAAGCCGCAUAUAUCGGCUCGAUUAAGUAAGGACAUUGAAAACGCUUAUUAAUUGGUAUGAAAGGGUAAUUUAUAUUGUCAUAUCAUCCACGUUUCUCAUAUUUAAUACGGGUUUGCGAUAAUGAUGUUAUUCACCAAAAUAUAUUAAUUAACAUACUAGGUAUCUAAAACUAUUAUAAGGUAAAUUUUAAAAAUUGCCUUUCGGAGUUGUUGUUGUCUAUUUCAAAAUAUGUAAGUACUAUUCAGCCAGCUUCUUACUGAUGUAGUGAGCAAAAACUAAAUACUUACUCCCGACGACUAACAUUUUAUAUGAAUACUGUAAAUGUUUUAGGGAAAUAUAGUUAAAUUUAAGAACAAUUUCAUUGAAAACCGAGGCAGCAAAAUGACUGUAAUACUUUCACGAUAUCACUGUUAGUCGGGGGUCAAAAGACACUUUAACAUCUAAAUCCUAUUAGAUAGCUUUAUUUAAUUUUGUAAACCUAAUUGCACCUCAUUUCUUAUAAAAGGAUCGCUGGCGAUCCAUUUUGUUCUCUUAGAAUUACAUGUUUUUAAAUUAAUUUUGUUUGGGUUCUCUUUAACUACAAUCCAAUUUUAGUAAAGAACCUUAAUGUUUUCGUGUACACAACUAACAACUAGACUUGUUUGACUAAGUUAUUAAAUACUAACCCUUGAGUGGUUUUCGACAAGUUUUCUCUCGAGUUAUAUAAACCCACAGAAAAAAAUUGUAUGGAACUGUAAUACAGAAGCACUUAGGCCGGGUUUUGCAAUAGUACUAUUACAUUAUACCUAUACAUAGUAAGUCAUCCUGGAAAAGUUGACGAUUCGCACAAUUUAUACUUACAUUACUUUUACCCUUAGCGCCACUAUUAAUCCGGUCGAUGAUUUAUUUUCUGUGUAAGUUGGCACUAAUUUACACAUUAUAGGUUAUACCCAUGUUUCCUAGAUUACUUGUAAAGAAGAGUGCAACACUAAUUCUGUAUUAUGUUUGCAUUUUAUUUUAUGUAUCUACCUUUUGUUAUUGUUUAUAAAAGAAUAAUUUAUCACGAGCUGGUCUCAGUUUUUCAUGUACUCAAAAGAUAUUUCAUUGGUUUAAUUAAAAGAUUUAGUUCCUUUCUGACUUUUUUAAUUUUUAUUUUUAAUAAUAUUAUCCCUUAAGAUGAGUAUUAUAUAAACGUAGUAUUUGUAAAUCUCUGUCGCUAAAUUUCGAUACCUACAUCUAUUAUAAUCAUCAGUGUCAAGGAAAAGAUCCAACAUGAUAAAUCCACGUGUGAUUUAGCAGUUGACCACGUGACGUGUACACAUGAAACACGCGUGACUGUCAGUACCGGGUGAGUGACGGACUGCCGGGCAACCGGGCUACCGUGCAUUGCGCUCACCAAUAAUAAGCACCCGACACUUCUUCAUAUAAUGUGUGUUUAAUAUUAAAAGCAGUAAUAUAUGGUACCUGCUCCAAUAAAUGUAAUUUCCUUACCAUAUGUACUACAAAAAGUAUGUAAAAAUUGGAUACGCUUAACUUAUUUGUGUGUUAAAAUAGAAAUUACGCUUAGAAAUGUUUGUUUUAUAAUUGAAUACAUACUUAUUAGUAAUUGUGUUGAAUAUGAUAUACGUACUUCAGUAGAUCUGUGUAACAUACAUAAAAUUAAAUAUCAAACUUUCAUAUUCCGCAUACUGUAAACAAAAUGCAUGUACCCAUCGUAAAGUAACGCAGUCUUUAAACAUUACGAAAUGUAUAAAUAUUUAGAUUUGUAUACUCGUCGUUCAACCUCUUAUUUCAAAUGUACCAUUGAAUACUUUAUUCAAAUAUUGUAUAUUUAUGUACGGUGGAUGAACUAAGUACGACAUGUCAGACAAACUUCUAACCAUAAUCUUAUUCAAUUCGUCGUUGGGCGAUUGGAUAUCUUCGGAACCAAAGAGCGCAAUCGAUUAUCGUAAGCGAUCGUAAUGAUGCAUCUGGCAUGUCUUAAUUUAACGUUAUUUAAUAAAAUUGUAUCAAUCGAUUGAACAUUUAUUUUUGCCAAAGUUUUUCAAUGUUGUGUAUAUGUUUCGUCAGUUUGGACAACUAUUGCUAAGAAUAUGAGUAAUACCUAGAUAAUAUUAAUACCGAGUUAAAAGUGUGCAAUGCGGGUCAUUUGCAUUACUUACUAUUUAUGUUUAAAAUUAAAAAUAGCUUGUAAUAGUUUAAAUGAAUAUUUGAGUUGAAUUAAAAAAUAUUAAUGUAUUUAGAAUAAAAAGAUAUGGGAGAAAACUCUAAA